AUGCCCAUAUAUUUUUCGUACCAGCCGCGAGCGUUUGACCAGCUACCGCCACAAUCAAAUCGCUCGCCGCUACAAUUGAACAUGAACCAUAACGCGUGUCUGGCACAUUGCCGCGCUAAGCAGCACUUGCCCUCGCGAAUGCUUCCAGGUUCUCAAAAUGCCGCAGCUGUCAGAUCUCGCGAUAAGAUUCCAUCGCACGAUAUCUUGAUCGAGCCCUUGUUUCUCUACGCUCUGCUCUUCCUACACGCAAUAAUCGCAAUGUUUACGCCCCAGAAGCCACGGCAACGGCCGGGCGCAGCGCACACGCCGAGCAAGACAGUGCCUCUGAAGGGCUUUUUCGAUGAUGGCGUUUGGCAUUGUAAUUGCGAUCCACGAAUCCCAGCCUCCAACUUCCAAGUCAAGAAACAAGGACCGAAUAAUGGACGGUGGUUCUACACUUGCCAGAAGCAAAGAGAUGACGGCGGAUGCGGUUUCUUUCUGUGGAAGGAUGAUGCGGUAGGAAGGGAGAAGCGCGCUGUAAUGGGUAAUUCGAGGAGUGAAGUCGAAAGGCCAGUAACGCCUACUCCGAGGUCAGCAAAUGGGCGGAUUCCGGCGAGAUAUUCACCGGAAGCUGGCUCGGGGGCCGAUCAGGAGGACUACUCGGACUGGUCGCUUUCACCGGAGGAUGAGCGGGACCUGGCUAGAAGACUUGGGCGUGACAAUCCCAUAUCUUAUCCCCCAGAAACACCGCGGAAGAUGAUCAAGACGAAUGAUAUGACAACACCUGGCAGCAAGAGGAAGCUGGACGAGCAUGUAUUGCCCACACCGUCGACCGGUGGAAAGAUAUUGGGGAGAUCAGGUCCUGGCCAUCACGACGAAGACAUUUUCACGACUCCAACUUCGAGACUCAAGGAGGGCAAGUGGGAAGGCAACGAGCGCUUCGGUCUCCGCAGUCCUUCCGGUACACCGACGCCAACUCGGUUCCGCGAAGGUACUGCAUUUACCGAGACGCAAGGCGAUUCUCAAGGUGUUCGACCGCCUCCGAGCUACGACAUUAGUGACGAAAUGUUGGAAUUACUCAAGGACUCUUACAUUGACGGUGACACGAUGGCUCGCUUGAAAGCGUUGCUGUCUAAACAUGCCAUGAGGGUCUCAGGCAUUGCUAAAGGAAGGGACAUAACGAGAGUCGCGCUGAAAGCUAAAGACAGCAAGAUUGCGGAGCUUCAGCAGAAGAUCUCGUCGUUGGAGGCGCAGAGGGAGAUGGACAGAACUGUCAUUCGGCACCUCAAGAGCGAUAUGUCCGAGGGUGUUGAGAGGAGUCGUGGGGAAUCCAGAGGAACAGGCUCAUGA